AUGGCCUCUGAACCUCGGCAGUACCAUCCUCUGACCUGCCACGGUCACUCUCGACCCGUCCCGCAUAUCGCCUUCUCAGCUAUCGAGAAAGACACCGACAAAGAUAAGAACGAUGUCUACUACAUGAUCUCGGCCUGUAAAGAUGGCAACCCCAUGCUUCGUAACGGUAUUACUGGCGAUUGGAUCGGUACUCUCAUCGGUCACAAAGGUGCUGUUUGGCAGGCCAGGCUCAGCCCUGAUGCCCACCAUGCUGCAACUGCAUCAGCUGACUUCACAGCCAAGAUUUGGGACACCUACACCGGCGAGUUGUUACACACUCUGCAGCAUGACCACAUCGUGCGUGCCAUUGCGUAUCCUCCCGAUAAUUCCGACCUCAUUGCGACCGGUGGCAUGGAGAAGAAGCUACGUAUCUUUGACUUGUCAGAGCUUCCGGUAGCUGGGGCUCCAACUACCAUCAACGCUUCGACUGGGUUUGAAAUUGGCGAGGGUGUUCACACUGGUUCCAUCAAGUUCAUUUGCUGGACCCAGGACCCCAACAUUGUUGUGACUGCCUCCGACAAGACAAUUCGCUGGUUGGACCUACCCAGCCGAUCCUGCAUCCGACACGAGGUUCUCGAUGGUGACAUCAAGUCCUGUGAAAUGGUUUCAUUGGCCCCCCAGUACGCCUCGCCCAGUGACAUUGGUGGUGGAAAGCCCGUACUCGCUGUUGCGGCUGGAAAGACGGCGUACUUUUGGGGUGGUGUUCAGGCGAUGGACGAGCUGAAGCGUAUUUCUUUGACCUACACUAUUGCCAGUGUGUCGCUUGAUCUCAAGGGACGUAAACUUGUCGUUGGCGAAGAACCCGGUACCUGGGCCAAGGUGAUUCGAUAUGACGAUGGAACAGAGGUUGACACACACAAGGGACAUCAUGGUCCCAUCUGGUCGAUCGCAUUCUCUCCUGACGGCAAGCUUUAUGCAACCGGAUCUGAGGAUGGUACCAUCAAGCUGUGGAAGAACUGCGAAGGCUAUUACGGCCUUUGGCGCGGAGGUGCGGAGAAGGCUGCAGAAUAG